AGUUCUGAUAUCAAGCCAAGAUCAAUAUUGAAAAAAGAUCAUAGCAUGAAGAUGAGUGAACAAAAGAAGGAAGCUGAGAAGAGAGCUGUAGAAAAGGUUAAACAAGACAUAACUGAUCUGACUAGAGAAGCCAAGAAGCCUAAACUAGAAGAUAGUGCUCCUAAGAAAAAAGCUGAGUCACUGUUUCUCAAGGAAUUUGAUGACACCAGUACAGAUGACAGUAAUGAUAAGCAAAGUGAAAGCACUGAUGCUGAUGACUUUGCCAUGGAGAUGGGACUGGCUUGUGUGUUAUGUCGACAGUUAGAUGUGGCACCGGGUAAUCAGCUGGUAGAAUGUCAAGAAUGUCAUAACCUUUAUCACCAGAAAUGCCACAAACCUGCAGCAACAGAUGCCGAUGUAAAUGAUCCAAGAGUGGUGUGGUACUGUACUCGAUGUAGUAGAAAUAUUAAGAAAAUGGCGUCAAAGCAGAAAACAAAGGCUGCUCAACCGUCAUCAUCCAGCAAGGAUUCUGGGAAGAGAACAGAUGAAGAAAGGAAGAAAGAACCUUCAACAUUAGUACCUUUUAAAAGAAGUGAAGCAAAUAUUGUUUCUACAAAGUCUUCUGCUUCAGCCAGUCUAGCAGCCUCACACCAACCACUUGUUGGGUUAGCAAGUUUAGCAGCAAAUCUCAGUGGCAAAUCAGCAACAACCAAGACUAGCACCUCCAGUAAUUCUUCAGGGAAAACCACCACUAGUUCCUUUAAGACCACGUCCAACAUUGUAUCAAGUAAAAACCUGGCAAGUCAAAUGACUAAAUCCAGUGCAUCAUUUAUGCAGUCCAGUAAAUCUUUAAGUUCUGGCUAUCCAUCAAGCUCGGUGAGCAAAUCACAACAAUCAAAGACUAAUCCAUCAUCAUCAGCAUCAUCAUCUUCGUCAACUUCUUCCGCAUCAUCAAGAGGAGUAUCUAGUGCCACAAGUACUGCCAAUGCUAUGAAAAGACUUCAAAUGAUGAAGAAAAAAGCUGCCAAACGAUAGAUGUGCCAGCUUCACAAAAAUGGCUCGACCACAAGAUAACCUUAAGUCUAAGACAUAUAAAGAAGAGUUACCAAGGCAACCACA